AUGGGCAACCAGGAAAAAGACACCAGCGGAGGACUGGAGUGGCGAUGCUGUGACACCAAAAGCGCAAUGCCAGAAGCCAUGAUUUUCUAUAUUUUAUUUUAUUUUUUAGUACAGGUUUUUGAUACUCUUGAGGCAUUUUGUCCAUCACAGUGCACUUGUAUUUUUCAUGGGAGAAGUGAUGGGACUGGAGCAAGGUCUGUUUUGUGCAAUGAUCCUGACAUGUUUGACAUGCCUGUCAAUGUUCCCGUUGACACUGUUAAACUUCGGGUUGAAAAAACUGUUAUCCGCAGAAUUCCCACUGAAGCCUUCUAUUACCUAGUGGAUCUGAAAUAUCUUUGGAUCACCUACAACAGUGUUACUAGUAUUGACUCGAGCAGCUUUUACAAUCUUAAACAGUUACAUGAAUUACGUCUGGAUGGAAAUCUGAUAUCAAUUUUUCCAUGGGAAUCAAUAUUAGAGAUGCCUCGUUUACGAACCCUGGACCUACAUAACAAUAAGAUAGCAAGUAUCCCAGCUGAGGCAGCACGCUACCUAAAGAACAUUACAUACCUUGACAUAUCCAGCAACAAGCUGACCACUCUGCCUUCUGACCUUAUGGAUAUCUGGCCUCCAUUCUCUGACCCAUCAUUACGGGGUACAGAGCAACUUUACCAACGAGUUGUACUAGGUCUACAAGACAACCCUUGGUUUUGUGACUGCCGCAUUUCGAAGCUCAUUGAACUUUCCAAGAUAGUGGACCCGCAGGUGAUAUUCCUGGAUGUGAUGGUGGUCUGCAGUGGGCCUGAAUCUCUGACUGGAAUCCUCUUUCAAAAAGCUGAACUCGAGCAAUGUCUUAAACCCUCCGUGAUGACGUCAGCGACCAAAAUCACAUCCCCAUUGGGCAGCAAUGUUCUGCUGCGAUGUGAUGCUACUGGCUCUCCCACCCCACAAUUGAUCUGGAGUCGGACAAACAACUCUGCGGCCAAUUACACAGUUAUCCAGGAGUCUCCAGCAGAUGGUGUGAGAUGGUCAAUUCUAAGUAUGAAUGGCAUUUCCUACAAAGAUGCAGGAGAAUACCGAUGCAAAGCUAAAAAUUUGGCAGGCAUAUCCGAAGCAUCAAUAACUGUCUUAGUAGUCGGUGUGGUCACCACAACAGGAUCACCAUCCCGGCAAGGUUGGAGACCAGGGGCAGACCAGACAAUAGAUCAGCUGGCGGAGGAAAAGGAAGAAAUUGGCAAAACAAGCCCAGCUUCAUUCCCACUGCCCACAGUAAUAAUAUCUUUAUCACCAAUAGAGCAAACGACAGUACAACCAACUGUAGCGCCUACUACCACCACAACAACAACUCGGGUCUUAGAAAAGAAGCCACAGAAAACCUCCAAAGGCCAAACACAGGCUGCUGGUGGCAAGAAAACACAACUUUUCCAAGGCAAUAAAGAAGGAGAUGCGCUUAAAAAUGUGGCUGCUAAUACAGAAACAAAUUCUGUUGUCCGAAAUCUGAGAGUUAUUACUGAAACAGAGGAUCGGGUCACACUAACAUGGAAGACGCUGAACACCACAAAUAGCUCAUCUCUGACUGUCCUCUAUUCAAAGUAUGGUGAGGAAGAAAUGUUACGGUUGAGCACAGAUCCAAGUAAAAAUAAAGUAACAAUUGACGGCUUGCAGCCUAGCACAAAAUACAUGGCCUGUGUCUGCCUAAAAUCAGCUCAACCAAAGAAGGACCAAUGCAUUGUGUUCUCUACAGAUGUUCUACUUAAAAAUGUGGAGAGUGACUCCCAGAUAUCUGUCUUAGUAAUAGCCAGCAGUGUCGCCUGCAUUGUUGUUUUGCCUAUCAUCAUCUUUUUGCUUUAUAAAGUUAUAAAAUUGCAACGUAAACCCCCUUCUCCUGGUGAAGAAGACCUAUUAAAAGAGACUUACGUCAAAUUUGAAACACUGUCCCUUAGACCACGGUCAAUUAAUACCGGAGGUGAGCUAUGGACACGCAGAGACACAACUGAGUCAGAGAGACUUCUUUUAUGUUCAAGGUCAAGUAUGGACUCACAAGGGACUUAUAAAAGUGAAGGAUCCAGGCCCGAGUACUACUGCUAAUAUUUACAUUACAUUCUAAAAGUAUUUACU